CACAAGCCGCAGGGCUCAUGUAAGUUGUAUUCAGAGGAGUAUCUCGACUCUCGAGGCAAGUUCCUUAUUGCCAAGACGAGCCAACCUCGCGAGGAGCAGUAUUCGACAAGGAAUCGAGGGACCAUCUAUCCGCCAUCUCAAGUCCUCAACUCGGAUGUUUUAUCUCCAUUGCAGCCAUUCCAUUCUGAUUCAUUUCGCUACAGCCGUAGAAGCUAGAUUGACAAGGCAAAAUAGCUGGAACAGAAACGACCCGUUGACGUCAUUCCCGUGGCAUCCAGCGAGCCAGCAGGUUUUAUUAGCCAGCAGGGUUUAUUCGCCUUCCGUGAUUGCAAUACUGGUAGACCAAACAGAGUGCUUAUUAUUAGCGUCCUUCUUCUCGGUCGCCAUACCCUUCGAGUCCUUCCGAAAUAGUUGUGUUUUCUAAUACCCGACACCCGUGAAGCCACCUCGACACCCGUGAAGCCACCUAGUAGUAGCAGAAUAAUAGCCUGCACUGCCUGUAAGGGUCAUUGACUCUCGCCAUUCGGCUUCGUAAAAACGUCGCCAGGGUGCUGCGACGCCACUCCAAAGAUCGCACAGCGACGCAUAACCAAUGGCCGGGUCGUCUUCGUCAACUGAGUGGAUGUGGGGCGGAAGCGGUGACUUCUGCGACGAGGAGUUCACGGACGACAGCGAUCGCAGCGGUCGCAGCAGUUACUAUUCCGUCGACGAGGAGCGAGCGCCGUGGGGGGGGCAGGCGGAGACGGUACUGACCACCCACGGGCCGCUCCGCGUGACGGUGUGCGGGAACCGGUCGCUGCCGCCGCUCGUCACCUACCACGACAUCGGCUUGAACCACUCGACGUGUUUCGAGGGCCUGCUAUUGUGUCCCGAUACGGCGCACCUACUGCUCGGCAACUUCUGCAUCUACCACAUCGACGCGCCGGGGCACGAGGCGGGCGCGGAGGAGAUUCCCCCGCUGGACGCGCAGCUGACGGCGAGCGACCUGGCGGAGCAGGUGGCGGAGGUGCUGGCGUGGUUCCGCCUGCCGCCUGCCGUGUGCAUGGGCGUCGGCGCGGGCGCGUACGUCCUCAUGCUGCUCGCGCUGGCCCGCCCGCACGCGGUGCAGUCGCUGGUGCUAGUCUCCCCCGUGUGUCGCGCGGCGUCGUGGGGUGAGUGGGCGCGCAGCAAGGUGCUGGUGGGCGUGCUGUGCGUGGCGGGCAUGAGCAAGUACGUCAAGGACGCGCUCGUGCACCGCUACUUCUGCCACCACCAGACCGGCUUCCACGGCCCCGCCUCCGACUCCAUCCUCAUGUUCCGCAAGGAGCUGGACAACCGGGAGCCAGAGAAUGUCAUGCGAUACCUCGACACCAUACACAACCGCAUCGACCUCACGCCCUUCCUGCUGCAUCUCAAGUGCCCCGUGCUGCUGGUAGCGGGCGAGAUGUCGGAGCCAUCGAUGGAGGAAGCAGCGCACAUGAUUUGUCAUCUGGACCCCAUGGCCACCUCCUGGGUUCAAGUGGAGGCCUCGGGUGCGCUCGUCACACAGGAGCGGCCGCACAUGCUCCGAAAGCCCCUCGAGUCGUUCUUCGCCCGCCAGGGCAUGCACUGCGUGUCACCCUUUGCCGCGUCGCUCGAUUACUGCGAGGCCGUGGCAGCGGCGGCGGCAUCGGCAGCAUCCUCUCGGUCAGCUUCAGCUGCAGCUUCAGUCGCGAGUUCAGCUGGGGGUUCAGCUACCAGCUCAGCAGUUACAUCGGCAGCAGCGUCGCCGAACAACAGCCCGUCCCUUCCACAACAAUCAUUCGUCUCCACUUCUUCCUCCCUCAUGACCUCGUGGCUCUCUGCUACCUCUGAAUCCUCCGCUUCUCCCGCUGGCUCAUCUUCCACAUUGGCUUGCUCCAGAGACUACUUUGCUUCCACGCACCACCAACAACAAUGCUCUGCUGCUGCUACUCCUUCUGCUUCCUCCCCCGACUCCUGCUCCUCCUGCUCCUACUCCCCUUGUGCUUCCUCACCUCUAUCUGUUACCUCAUUCGCCUCUUGGUCGAAACACAAGUUGAACUCGCAAGAUUCUUUUAGACCAGAGGAGCUUUCGAUGGCUGCAUUGGGAGUCAAACUCAAGCCCAUUCGGACACGUAAAGCUGUCCGCCCUUCCUCCGCUUCCACCGAGUCUGCAGUUAAUACUGUUGCAGGCAGCAACAACACUGCAUCGCCCAGUGCAUCCUCUUUUGAACCUGCAGCUGUUCGGCACAUAGCCCACACAGGCCUAGUUCUUUGAUUAUUUUGUCAGACUGUAUAGAAAUAUCAGAGACGGCAACACAACCAUUUGUUGGCAAUCCACAACACAAUAAGUUGUUGUAACGAAUAAUGAUAUUGCACUAAU